GAUGAAUUAUUUUCUUUUUACUCUUUCAUAAUUAUUAGUCUGAUCAAUUUUGAAUAUUUAGCUUAAUUUGUUUCAAUUUUGAUCUCUUUUGUUCGGGUGGAAUAUGCAGCAAAACUUUACUGUAGUUAACAAUUCCGCGGAUUAAGCUAUUAAGGAACAGGAGAGAGAUUCAGAGAAAGCAGAUGCGCCGCGAAAUUGCUAAGCUUCUUGAGACUGGACAAGAAGCUACUGCUCGAAUUCGAGUGGAGCAUAUAAUAAGGGAAGAAAACAUUAUGGUUGCUCAGGAGAUCCUCGAGAUGUUUUGCAAGCUUAUUGCUGUCCGGCUUCCUAUCAUAGAGGUUCAAAGGGAAUGUCCUCUAGAUUUGAAGGAAGCAAUAAGUAGCGUUUGUUUUGAUGCACCAAGAUGUGCCGAUCUAACAGAGUUGCCGCAGGUUCAAAUGCUAUUUACUUCAAAGUACGGGAAGGAAUUUGUAUUAGCUGCAACUGAGCUGAGGCCGGAUUGUGGUGUUAAUCAUCAGUUGAUAGAAUUGUUAUCUAUACGUGCUCCUUCACCUGAAGUAAAAUUGAAGAUUUUGAAAGAAAUUGCUGAAGAGCAUGAGUUGGAAUGGGAUCCAACUUCUACCGAGUCUGAGUUUUUCAAACCACGUGAAGAUUUAUUGUUUGUGACUGAACCCAAGUUACCACUUCCGGUGGAGAAGCAUGGUGAAACAUCGACUUCUGCUGCUGAUCAUACCCAAACCGAGCAGCCUGAUUCUGAUUCUGAUUUCGACUUUGACCUGGUAGAUUUUCCUGAAGUUCCAAAUGUGUCACUGCAGCCAAGCACUAAUGCUGCAUCAGCACCGGUAACUAACCCACCUUCAUCAUCUGCUCCUGAACUUGAAAUUGAUCAUUCACGUAGACAUUCUAGAGCUCCUGGUCAUGUGUUACAAAUGCUCCCUUUGUAGCCCGAUAUAUUGAUGCAAGAAAAUACAACUAAAGAAAGUGAAAUGCCCGAUGAUCCAGCUGCAUCCAAAGAAAAUAAACCGUUUCUGCCUUUCAUUUCUCCUCCGUCAAUAUCUGCUUCAUCAAUUCCUGCAAGACCAAGCGAUCCAACACCUGCUAUUUUAAAACCAGAAAGUGAGACCAACUUUGAUCUAGAGGAUGUUUUAGUUGCUGCUCAGUCA